AUGUCGGCACAGGAUGUGGGGAAAGUGCGGGUGAACUUCUCAGAUUUGGACCCGUCAGACACACAAUUGAUCGAGAUUUUUGAUCACCCAGUACAUCAUAAAGAUCAGCCAUUGCGACCAGUAAAUGUGGAACGGAACAUUGAGAGGGCCCAGCAAUUUGGCAUCGUCCCUCGUCCAGCUAGACGUUGGCCAAAAUGGGCGGAUGAAAAAAAGUUGAUGUGGAGUAAUUGGGAACCGGACUAUGGCAAGGAUAAGUUCAACUACGCAGCAGGUGCUAGUGGUGCGGUGCAAGCCCUGAAGGGCAUCACAGCAAAAGCCGGACAUGUACAUCUCAGCGAAGAAAGCAAAAAGUCAAUGGACUGUGCCACAGGAAUCCUCCAAGGAGUCGGCACUCUCGCGACAACUUGUGCCCCUAUCUUUGGUCCUGCUGCUCCUUUCCUGGUUGUGGGAGGGGUCUCGCUCAACUUGGUGGGCGGCGUGCUCGAUGCGAUCUUCGAUGAGGAGCCCAAGGCUAACAGCCGUCAAGACGCCUUGGGGACCCUGAACCAGACGGUCAAUGUGCUCAGCGCGGACGUGAAAGCUCUUUCCAAUACAGUGUCUGAUAUUGGCAACAAGGUGGACAAGAUCGACGCCAACGUGCAGCGACUUGAUGGCACUGUCCGAAAAAUCGCGAGCAACCUCGACAAGGUCACCAUACAGGUGGAUCGGCUGAACAGCCGCGUAGGUAAACUUGAAAGCAGUGUCGCUCGGAUUGAGGAUGUGACGAAGCACAUCAACCAAGAAUUGCAGAAGACCGGUUUGCGUUUGGACAGGUUAGGCCAGCAUGUUGGAAACAUAGAGAGGGCACUGGCAAGUGUGCUGACCAAAUUGACGGAGCUGAGACAAGGACAAAUCGAUAUUUUUCUAAAACCUGACCUCGAGGAUUUCCGGGUCUUGUCCGAUCAGGAGCAGCGUUUACUGAGUCUGAUAAAGGAGAAUGCCACAUCAGAAGCCGUGCUGGAGUUUUUUGACGGAAGAAUCUCUGACAACCUUCACCGCUAUGACCGCUUGCGUGCAAACUUUGAAACAAACCUCAACAAGCUGGCGGGAUGCCAAGAAUGUGGCAGCUUUGCAGCGGCGGCAACAUAUUUCCACCAAGCCCUAGCUGCUCGUUUCCAAGUCUUUGACAUCCUCUACAUCACAAGGCUCCAUCGAAGGCAACUUCAUUCCAUGCAGGUCUUGUUGGAGGAUUUUGACAAAGAUCUGCAGAAGUAUCCUGCGAUCGCAACUGACAUCGGGAUAAAGCCAUGGCUGAAGCUUCAGCUUCCGCACCUGGCAGAGUUCGUGCAGGAUCCUGUUCUUUUACGGCAACAUCCUGACAUCUUGGAGAAGGUUCAGCAGUUGCAAGACCAGCUGGGUUCGGCUUCCAGCCGUAAGCAAAUUCAAGCCGUGCAAGAAUUGACGAAGCUGGGGCGAGCGGCACUACCCGCUGUGCCUGACAUGCUAAAUCUGCUGACUGGAUCCACCAAGCUGUUUGUCGGGGACACAAACAGAUGCCUUACUGCAACCGAUGCAGGACUGCUGCAGUUGGCCCAAUGUGAUGACCCGAAGAUGAACGAAUGGCAAUGGUUUUACUGGCAAGACGGUCUCCGGCUGGACCACAAUACCUCAAAGUAUGGUGGCACAUGCAUCGGGAGAUCGCGGAGGACGCGUGGGCCUCGUGAAGGGACCUGGGCAGCAGUCCUAAAUCCUGGCUACGGCUUCGUGCCCUGCUCCUCGGGGGCAGAGUUUGCGGACGGUUACAUUCGCCUGGACGAUGACACUGCAGGCCUUCAUCUGUCGCUCCGCUCCCCUGAAGAUGGAGAGAAAACGGUUUUCUUCGGCCUCAGCAAUGGAGGUUGGGAUUUCAGCGAUAUUUGGGUGAUCGGUCAACAUGAACCAUGUGCCGCAGCAGUCAAAGCGCUGAAGGCCCUGGGCACGCCGGAGUUGUCGGAAGCAGCACAUGACCCCAACAAGAAUGCCUUGUACAAGGAGUGUUUGGCUGCUGCAUGA